UGGAACAUUUGUCCGACACUAUUUUUGUAUCCGUGUGGAAAACAACUAGUUGAUCUGUUGGAGCUAUACUGGGAUUUAACAGGUGUAUUACCUUGUAUCUGUCAGUGUUGUGAUGUUUUAUAGAUGUCGCUCUUUACUGACACAUCACAUGAUUGUUACCUGCAGCGAGAAACCUUAAAAGGCAGCUUUGACGCGCAAUAACGCUAGCUAGCUACAACGUUUUACAAUAAGUUAAUGGUCAUGUUGGGACUUUUAACGCCCCAAACUCGAGGUGUCAAAGUAUUUAUCAAAGCGUUUAGACAGACAAACAGACCUAGAUGUUCCUCAGUCAGCUGUCAUUCUGAUGAGUAUAUCCGCAGAUUUAUUUCAGACAACACAGAGAUAGUUGGAGACCAAAGUUUGACACCAGAAGUCAAACUAAGGCUGUUCACCCCAACAUGCAGAUUUUGGAGAGAAAGACCAGAGCUUUGGCCUUUUGAGGACCCGUACUGGGCCAUAUACUGGCCAGGAGGCCAGGCACUUUCACGGUUUCUCCUGGAUAACCCUUCAGUGUGUGGGGGUAAGACAGUUCUAGAUCUGGGGAGUGGCUGUGGAGCCACAGCUAUCGCUGCAAAACUAUGUGGUGCUGCUCAUGUAGUUGCCAAUGACAUUGACACCGUUGCAGCCGUUGCAACCCACAUGAACUUUGAGUUGAACGGCCUGGAGCCGCCUGUUUGUCAGACCAACAACAUAAUCGGUUCACAACCCGAGGGCUUUGACCUGAUCUUCCUGGGUGACAUGUUCUACGACGAGGACCUCGCCACCAGCCUUCACAGCUGGCUGGACCGCUGCAUCAAAACCCACGGCACCAAAGUCCUCAUCGGAGAUCCUGGAAGAGCCCAGUUUGAAGAGCACCGCAUUCGACGACUCCUGCAUCAGCUCGCUCAGUUUGAGCUGCCUGAGUCUGUCAGAGAGGAGAACUACGGUCUGACCUGCAGCAGGGUUUGGUGCUACCGUCCUGAACUCUGAGGACCGGGGAGAAUCCUCUUUGCAUUCAUGUUUGAAUGUGAUUAAUAAGCCAAAUGACUGUGUUAUGUGAUUAUUUUAUUUAUUUGUAUUUUCCACACUCAGGGUCACUCAGUUAUCACUUGUUGCACUACUGAAAACUAUCUCCAGAUAUGUUUUUAAGGAUGCACAUAACAUGACAAAGCAAAAUCUUCACAUGCGGAUGUUUCAUUUCCUGUUCUGUUGAUUUUUAGAUAAUAAUAGAAUGAUUGAAACAAAAUGAAACAAAAUUUUCUCCAUUUUUAUUUUUUAUAUAUUUAAGUUACACACAAUUGAUUUUGUAGAGCAGUGUCCAAAGUCACACACUUUUUACAUCCAGAUAAUUUGGGGUAAAAUCAUGUCAACCAAGCCCCACAUCUCUAGCUGACAAAAAACUAAACAAAGUCUAUGAAUUAGUGGCCAAUAUGCAGUCGCCAUAUGUUCAAUAGGCCCAUUACAUGGACAAAUAUGUAAAAUAUAUAAAACGAUGUCGUGGAAUUUCGGCCGAUUCAAACUGCAUAAGAAAUGGUGAGAUAUUACACUGAAAUA